AUUAUCUUUGCUCUGUAUAAUCUUUGUUUCUCACUCUUCUUUGCUGGGCCACCGGCAAAGCACAGAGUAAUUAUUAUACCUUACAGAACCAGCAAUCCUCACUCAUCAUCAUCAAAUCCUCUUCCGCUGUCUCUUCUACUUCCUUCACUUUUCUUCUUGGAAGUUAUUAAUGGCGAAGGAAUUUGAAAACGGAGAGAUUUGGCUUCUACCGGAGUUACUUACUGACGGUGACUUACUCAUGGACUAUAAGGUUAAGAAGGAUGCACUCUACUCUCCUUUUGAUUGGCCGUCUUCCGGUCUUACCUCGCCGGAAACUGAGAGUGAUGAAGAUGACUAUCUUGCUGGAUUGAAUCGGAAAAUGGCGCAGACUAAGCUUAAUGAUGUGUUUUGGAAAUCUGAUACUGGGUUCGGAUAUGAGAAUCAGAAGGUUAUGGGUAUGGCUGGUUCUCCACAAUCUACUUUAUGUGAUGUUUUGGGAGGUUGUGGAUGUAUAAGUCCAAACUGUCCUUCACGUGUAACUUCGCCGCCGCUGCCGAUUCCGAUGCCGGCGACGGCGGCUGCUGGUGCAGUACCUGUUAUGAUGAAUAAUCGAAGUGAUGGUGCUCGAGAUCUGUUAUUUGCUGCUGCUGGUGAGGUUGCUAGGAUGAGAAUGUUGGAAGAUGUGAGUGGUUAUUAUCAGAAUCCUCCUUCAUCACAGAAGCUGAAUCCUGGGUUUUACCAUAAUGAUUCUUCUGUUACUUAUAAGCAACUUCAAGUAGCACAAUUUCAACAGUUGAAGCAUCAGCAGAUGAUGAAACAACAAGCAUUAACUGCUUGGGAACAGAUGAAAACUGCUAACAUGUAUCAACAAAUCCACCGUGAAGCAAUCGAAAACAGGGUUAGGAAUCUUAACCGUCCAUUAGGGCUUUCCCCAUCUGCUUGGCCGACUCUUCAACAAUCUCAACAAGCUCCACCCAGUUCUGGUAUGAGAGCUGUUUUCCUUGGAAACUCCGGUGGAAAACCUGAACGCGCCGGUACUGGUGUUUUCUUGCCCCGGCAAGCAAAUACCCCUGCUGAAAACCGCAGGAAAUCCGAAUGCUCUACAGUUUUGCUUCCAGAGAGAGUUGUCCAGGCUCUGAAUCUCAACAUUGAAUCUCAAUAUGAUGCUGCUGUGAAACAUCGCAAUGGGGUGGAAAUGGCAAUGAUGGCCCAGAGGCGUAACAAUAUGAUACUCCAGCAGCAGAAGCAGCAACACGCAGUUAAUCAAGAAAUCCAACUUCCACAGGAAUGGACUUAUUGAAGGAGAAGGAAAAAAGGGUAUCUACAAUACUGAAGAAUGAAUGAAAUAGCCAGUGAUUUUAGGGUUAGUAGUGACAGAUAGAAAAGAAGAAGAUGAUGAAGAAGAAGAAGAUGAAGAUUGGUUUUGUUUGUUUUAGGCGAGCGGUUUGAUUAGUAUAAUAAUGAUAGUUAUAAUGAUAAUAAUAAUAUAAUAAUGAUGAUAAUAAUAAGAAAAGAAGUGGAGGGUUUGCUUGUUUUGAAGCAUAUCAUAUAAUAGAUGGGUGGGAUGGAAUGGAAGGAAGGGGGAGUGAUGUUUUGUAUGGUUUGCACAACCAUUGUUUUCUUCCUCUUUUGAACUCAUAUGGAAAUUGUAUUGGGCAUUGUUAUUUUUAGUUAAAGAAGAAUUAAUGAAUGAUUAAAUUUAUUUCUAUUA